CGUAAACCCAUAGACGUGCCCUACCCCUGCCAGCCAGUCCUUGACGCCGGGCACCGCUCGGGAGUAAUUCUAGGCAGCACUUUACGCCCUGACUCCACCAUAGAAGGAUCCCCAGCAGACACCACCUCGAGGCGCUCCUCUGUGUAUCACCUGCGUACACGACUGUCUGGCAACCAUGAUGGGCGUGAGAGUAGGCGUGGCGGUGCAGCUAGUGUUGGUGGGUGUGGCCGCGGUGGUGUCGGCCACGCCCCUCCAGCAGGGAGAUGACCCCGCCGCGGUGCAGAGCCUCUUCCCUGACCUGGUGGAGACAGUCAAGGAGCUGGUCAACACGGACAAAGGUGUGCAGGAGCAGCUGCUGGCCACCAUGCGGGACAUCGCCGGCACGCAGGAGAGGCUGCAGCAAUUCCUGAUGGGCGGGGCACCCGUGGCCUCAGAAAUGACGGCGGCGGAGUCGGAGUCGGAUUCUGAUCCUAACAACAACUUGAUCUACUUCACCAGGAACGUUGUGGCGGCCCUUAACGCAGGUAACAACACCCAGCUGGAAGGCAUCAUGACGGAGCUGAAGAAUCUGAACGACAACUUCAAGGUUCAUUUCAAGUCGGUGGCGUGCCCCGAGCCAUUCAUGCCCCUGGGAGACGAGUGUUUCAACUUCCAGCUGGAGGAUCUGUCUUGGAACGCCUCCCGUACGCGCUGCCUCAAGCUGGGCGGCGAGCUGGCCAUCCCCAAGAACCUGACCCAAGUGCGACUCUUCAUCAACCAGAACUUCCCUCGCAAGAACCGCCGCAACUUCUGGCUGGGCGCCAUCGAGAAUAACAAGGUUUGGGAGUGGCUGUCCGGGGAUGCCGUGAACCCCGACCUUUGGUACACCAACGAGCCCUCGGGUAACGGGGACUGCCUGGCCAUGUUCGACGGCUGGGAGCACCCUCUCAGCGACUUCCCCUGCGAACGCGAGCGCCGCGCCAUUUGUGAGCGUGUCAUGAGGUUGAACUAAAGGAAGAGUUGACGACUUGGCAGCUACUCACCUGUCUUCACACCUACCUUCCUACCUGUCUAUUUCCCUACCCACCUACCUUUCCACCUACCUUCCAACAUGUCUUCUUCUCUACCAACCUACCUUCCCAACCCACCUUCCUCCGUGUCCAUUUCCCUACCCAUCUAUCUUUCCAUCUACCUUCCUCCCUGUCUACUUCCUUACUCAUUUACUGUCCUACGUACCAACCUAUCCACCUUCGUCCCUCCCUACCCACUUACCUGCCUGCCCACCUGCCUGCUUACCAUUUUUUUCCUAUCUCUCGUUCUUGAUUUUUUUCCUCCUCUUCGUUCUCGCCCCCAUCCACCACCAUUACCUCUUCCUCCUCCUCCUUCUCCUCGUCCUCGUCACUCCAGAAGACCAGACGUCCUCAACCUCAACCCCAACCUCCACCUGCUCCUGCUGCCUCUGCUGGAUCUUCCGCUUCUUAAACAGGUGCAUUUUGAGUGUUUUAGUAGCGGUGGUAGGAGUGGGUGUAGAUGGUCCUAUUUUGCUAACGAGGAGGCUGUGCAGUAGGGGCUGUAUUGGUGGGGGAAGUAGAUGGGAUGUGUAGUGGUGAUGGGAGUAGAUAAGGGAGUAGGAGUCGAAGUAGAUGUUGGAGUAGCUUGCUUUCGGAGUAGUAGGUGGUUGGAUUGUAGUAGUAAUAGUAGUAACUGUUUUGGGUUGCUACUGCUGUGUACUGUCCUAAAAUGUGUAGAGUGUCUUGGUGGCAUAAUGUUUGUUUCCAGGAGUAGUUGUUCGCUAUUUCCGCUCACAUUGUAUUGUCAAGUAGAUUUCACGUGUUUUGUGUAAGAGGUCUCUGUAUCAGUUGGUUAGUAGUGUCCGUAACGUAAUGAACCACUGUAUCGCAUCGUUUUGUAUUGUUUGAAUGGCACAAUACACGCAAUUAAAGAAUUAUUAAUGAAACAGAA